AUGAUUGGCAUCAGUAGCGCCUUACCUAUUGGACAAGAACACGAUGAUACCUAUGAUUUGUCUUCAAAUGACUACAUACCAGCAGAAAAUCUAGAACAUAGUGAAGAAGAUUUCCAUCGUACCAAGCGACAAGCCGAUCACUUUAAAUACCACAACAAAAUCAAUUCAGAUCCUCAAACAUUCUUCAAUGCAGCUGGCGGAGGAAAUUUUCAUAACAGACACAAUUGGGAUGGCAAUAUAGCAGUUUCAGCUGGUGCUAAAGUAUGGGAAAGUGCGAAUCAGCGACACUCAUUCGGAAUUAACGGAGGCUAUGCUCAAGGAGCAGGGAGUUAUCAGGGUCAUCGCUACCAAAGCCCACCGCAUUGGAACGUUGGUACUAGCUACAUUUACAGAUUUCCAGGAUAA